AUGGCGUCUAUAAUGUCCAAUGCAUAUGAUAUCCCACCUCAUCGUCCAAAAUUACCGACUCCAGUUUCUCAUCGCGCACAGUUUAUCGCUCCUAGUGGCGCUUAUACCCAUUUUACCGACGAUGUCAUUACUGUAACAACACCUAUAGAGCCUGUCAGCACUAUACCUAAAGUUCUCAUCGUAGGUGCUGGUUUUGCUGGAAUGAUUACUGCUGUCAGGCUAAAGAAAGACCAUGUGAUCGGGGCCGGAGGUUUCGGGGGAACAUGGUAUUGGAACCAAUACCAAGGUGUUGCCUGUGACGUUGAGUCAUACAUAUACAUACCGUUUCUUGAGGAGACGGGAUAUAUUCCGGAAGACCGCUUUUCGUACGGCCCUGAAAUCCGGGAACAUAUGAAAAGAGUCUUGAUUAGUCGUUGGCACGUCCGCACCGAUCGCUCCGACAAUUUCAUCGCCCAGUUCGUGGUCCUGGCGACAGGAACAUUCCACGAGCCAAAACUGCCGGGAAUAAGUAGAAUACAGGAGUUUGAGCGACCACACUUUCACUCCAAUGAUUGGAAUCUGACGAAAUUAGCGGGCAAGACGGUGGGAGUCAUUGGCACUGGCUCAUCUGCUUUACAACUUAUCCCACUGCUAGCUCGGAAUGUUGAGAAACUCUAUGUUUUUCAAUGCACUUCAUCCUCCGUAACGUUUAAGGAGAACUUCAAAACAUCUGAAAACCUAAAUUCGGACGUUAGGCGCCUUUCAGAACAGGUUAGUUGGCAGCAGGCUCACAUGGAGGAGUUUGCAAAUAUCCUCCAGGGCACUGCAAUAGAUAGGGACAACAGUACAGUCGAGGGUCUCGAGGUGUUAACGGCGAGAGCAUUGUUCAAGCAGGCCGAGAAAGCAGGCAUUUCAAUGAAACCUGAGAAAUUUCCGGAGUUACUAAAACUGCCUGACUUUGUGCACAUGAAAAAACUCCGAGAAGUGAUGAAGUACGUAGUGCACGAUGAAGAGACAGCAGAGAAGCUCAAGCCUUGGUAUUCGUUUAUGCGCAAGCGUCCUGCUUUCCAUAACAAUUACUUGGAUGCUUUCAAUAGACCCAACGUCAAGCUCAUCGAUACAGAUGGCAAGGGCGUUUCACAUCUCACACGAAUGGGUGUCGUGGCCACUGGUCAGGACUUCCACCGCCGUACUGGCAUCAACCUUGUCGGCACUCGGGGCAAGACACCCGACGAAACCUGGCAGAGAUUUCCUAACUUGUUUAACAUCGGCCCUUCGCAAUCAGGUCUGUCUGCAAAUUGGACUCAUACUGCCUACGUAGCUGGGGAGCAUAUCGCAGAUGUGAUUGCUCGCAUCUUGCGGAAUGCCGACCACGACUUCCAGGCUAUCGAGUCAACCGAGGCAGCGGCUGAGGAGUGGGCCAAACAGAGCGAAAAGGGUAGUGAGAUGAGAAUGAUGUUUAGCAAAGCUUGUACCCCAGGACAUUACAAUAAGGAGGGCAAGCCGGAGGAUAUCCCAUCGAGAGCAGCAUCGUACCCCAAAGGCAUCAUGGAGUGGAAGAGUGUUAUGAAGAAGUGGAGAGACCAGGAAGGCUUCGAAGGGAUGAAGAAACAUUGA